AUGACAACUCUUGCGGACACAUUUUUGAAGGAUCUAGAAGAUCUUGAACUGGAAGAUGAAAGAAAUUUUAACAAUUUCAACAUAGGACAAAAGGAAAUUGGCCCAAAUGAACUUGACAAAAACAGCUAUGUGGAGAAAAAUGCAAAGUAUGAGGGGAAGCAGGAGGAUGAUGAUGAUGAUUAUGAAGAAAUCGUUGAUGCAAUUGAAGAAUUUUUAAAUGAGAAAAAAAAAAAAAAGGAAAGAAAAAUAUCAGAAUUGUUAUAUGAUGAUAAUUUUUUAAAAAUUAUGAAUAGCAUAAAAAAUUAUAUUAUGCAGGAAGAGGAAAAAGGAAAAUUACAAGAAGAAGAUGAAUACGACAAUAAAAGUCAGGACAGUUAUGAUGAUGAAAUUGAAUAUUCAGACCAAACAGGUCGAGUUAAAAAACGAAGAAAAAAAAAAGAGACACAACCCGACGAGGAACAGGACGAAAAGGACCAUGACAGUUGCAAAGAUGAUGAAGAAAUUUUAAUCGAAAAGUGUAUCGAGUUGAUAAUACAAAUAGAUACGGAAAUAUUAAACAUUCAUAAAUAUGUGAAGGAUAUAUACUCAACAAAAUUUCCAGAGUUGGAUUCUAUAGUAUAUACUCCCUUAGAAUAUAUCAGUGUGGUGAGCAAAAUAAAAAAUGAAAGUGAUAUAAAGAAUAUCGAUUUUUCUGAUAUAUUACCAAAUACGACAGUUAUGGCUAUUACAGUUGCAUCAAGCAUGAGUACUGGAAUAAAUUUAUCAGAACAUUCUUUAAAAAAUUGUUUAUCUUUUUGUAAUGAAGCUUUAGAAUUAAAUGAAAAUAGACGAUUGAUUUUACUAUACCUAGAAAGUAAGAUGUUUUUACUUGCCCCGAAUUUAACUAUGCUAUUAGGUAGUGCACUAACGGCUCGUUUGAUUAGUUCAGUGGGUUCAUUAAAAAAUUUAUCAAUCACAUCAUCUCAGAAUCUGAUUGUUGUGGGUAGUUCAAAAAAGUCUGUUCUUGGAUUAAGUAAUGCAAAUAAAACAUUUGGAAUAGGUAUACUAAGCACUUCUGAAAUUGUGCAAAGUGUUCCAGAUGCAUAUAAAAAAAAGGCUAUAAGUUUGUUAGCUGGGAAAUGUAGCUUAGCUUCUAGAAUCGAUUAUUUUAAAAAAUAUCCAGAAGGGCAAUAUGGGUUGUUACUACGAGAAAAUGUUAUCAACCACCUUAUCAAGUUACAAGAACCACAUCCAAUGAAACAAAAAAAAAUACUACCCAUGCCUGAUGAAAAGAGAAAAAGAAAAAGAGGAGGAAAAAGAUACAGAAAAUUAAAAGAAAAAACAGAAAUAACUGAACUCAGAAAACAAAUUAAUAGAUUACCAUUUGGUCCAAAUACAAAUGAGGAUUUCUACACUUUUUCGGAUCAAAAUACCGUUUUAUUAAAUUCUAAUAUUACAAAAUUGAAAUAUCAGUCGAAGCAAAAGGUAAAUAAUAUUCCAAGGAAAAAAAAUAUGAAUGUUCAGUCCAGUGGUGUAACUGGUGGCUUAUCAUCGUCUUUGAUUUUUACCCCCUUACAAGGUAUCGAAUUAUUCAACCCAUCUGUUAUUAAUCGGAAAACAGAUCAGAAAGAGAAUAAGUACUUUUCUAGUACGGCUCAGUUUCGCAAGGUGUAG